UGAAUGAGUGAGUGGUGACAGAUAACCGGGUAUUUAAUCUGCUCACAGCCCUCGGCAGAUUAGAUGCGCGUUUCCAUCAAAGCUCCAGCACAAGAUUAAAUCAUUUCCUCGGUGUACCAAAAGCAAAGACGUUGUCGAGGUCGACUGCUGGCAUAUUUGAAGUUAAUCUUCACAACGGAUCCAUGUUUGCGGAUCAGAGACUCGACGUGCCCUCAAUUGAGAGCGCGCACUGAUGAAGGAUCCUGCGCUCCCGGUGCGCUCCGGGCUCUUUCCUGCGCGUCCGACUCUCAUCAGCUCCACCAUGUCCUGAAAUCACCGGGGUAGGGAUGCGUAUUCGUCGUGACUUAUUUUGGAAAGUACUGCCCAGUUAGCAUGGAUGCGAGGAUUGGGAUUUUUGACUCCCACCGUUACGAGUGAGUGGAAAGAUGCUGCUCGGAUGGAAAUUAUUCCUGUAUGGAUACAGUAUUGGCAAAUGAGAAGAAGAAGCAUAUGGAUGUUGAAUGUUCCUCCUGCAGGUGCAUCAUGGCGAAGAAGAGAGCUGUUUGCUUCAUACUGUUGUGUUUCAUGACAGAGUUGAGUCUGAGCGCGCAGCAGGUCUUGAGAAUCGGUGGCAUUUUUGAGACUCUUGAGAAUGAACCGAUCAGCGUUGAGGAACUUGCCUUUAAAUUUGCCGUUACCAACAUUAACCGAAACCGAACCUUAAUGCCCAACACCACGCUGACCUACGACAUCCAGAGAAUCAACCUGUUUGACAGCUUUGAAGCCUCCAGGAGAGCCUGUGAUCAGCUGGCUCUGGGUGUGGCUGCAGUAUUUGGACCCUCUCACAGUUCUUCGGUGAGUGCAGUUCAAUCCAUCUGUAAUGCUUUGGAGGUUCCUCACAUUCAGACGCGCUGGAAACAUCCGUCUGUGGACAACAAAGACAGCUUCUACAUCAACCUGUACCCAGAUUACGCCUCCAUCAGUCGGGCUGUCCUCGACAUUGUGCAGUUCUACAAGUGGAAAGCCGUGACCGUGGUUUAUGAAGAUGCAACAGGGCUAAUUCGUCUGCAAGAGCUGAUCAAGGCUCCUUCACGGUACAGUAUCAAGAUCAAAAUCCGUCAGUUACCGACAGGAAGUAAAGAUGCCCGACCGCUGCUGAAAGAAAUGAAGAAGGGCAAAGAGUUUUGUGUGAUCUUUGACUGCUCGUACCAAACCGCAGCAGACGUCCUUAAGCAGUUGUUGUCCAUGGGAAUGAUGACAGAGUACUAUCAUUUCUUCUUCACCACUUUGGACUUGUUUGCAUUGGACCUGGAGCCGUACCGGUACAGUGGCGUGAACAUGACAGGUUUCCGUCUGCUGAACUUCGACACUCCUCAUGUGGCGUCGGUGGUGGAGAAAUGGUCCAUGGAGCGACUGCAGGCUCCACACAAACCUGAGACCGGCCUACUGGAUGGAAUGAUGACAACUGAAGCAGCGCUGAUGUAUGAUGCUGUGUAUAUGGUUGCUGCCGCGUCUCAGCGGGCGUCUCAGAUCACAGUGAGCUCACUCCAAUGUCACAGACACAAACCCUGGCGCUUCGGCUCACGGUUCAUCAGCUUGUUUAAAGAGGCUCAAUGGAAUGGAUUGACGGGACAAAUCAUCAUAAACAAAACAGACGGACUGAGGAAAGAGUUUGAUCUGGACGUCAUCAGUCUGAAAGAAGACGGAAUUGAAAAGCAGUUUAUGGAAGGUGGUCGUUUUAGCAAAGUAUGGAAGAAGAUCGGUGUGUGGAACUCAAACACAGGCCUUAACUUGACAGACAGCAACAAAGACAAAAACAUCAAUGUGUCAGACUCCAUGGCCAACCGGACGCUCAUCGUCACAACAAUUCUGGAAAACCCAUAUGUGAUGUAUAAGAAGUCUGAUAAGCCUCUGUAUGGAAACGAUCGGUUUGAAGGCUACUGUCUGGACCUGCUGAAAGAGCUAUCCAACAUCCUGGGCUUUUCAUAUGAGGUCAAACUUGUGACUGAUGGAAAAUACGGAGCCCAGAAUGAUAAAGGAGAGUGGAAUGGGAUGGUCAGGGAACUGAUAGAUCAUGUGGCAGAUUUGGCUGUGGCUCCACUUACCAUCACUUAUGUGAGAGAAAAAGUCAUUGAUUUUUCGAAGCCUUUCAUGACUUUGGGAAUCUCUAUUCUCUACCACAAACCUAACGGCACCAACCCAGGAGUUUUCUCGUUCCUGAACCCUCUCUCUCCGGACAUCUGGAUGUAUGUGCUGUUGGCCUGCCUCGGGGUCAGCUGCGUGCUCUUCGUCAUUGCCAGGUUUACACCAUAUGAAUGGUACAACCCUCAUCCUUGCAACCCAGAUUCUGAUGUUGUCGAGAACAACUUCACUUUAAUCAACAGUGUCUGGUUUGGGGUUGGAGCUCUUAUGCAACAAGGAUCUGAGCUGAUGCCCAAGGCUUUGUCCACCAGGAUCGUUGGAGGCAUCUGGUGGUUCUUCACCCUCAUCAUCAUCUCAUCCUACACAGCUAACCUGGCCGCCUUCCUCACAGUGGAGAGAAUGGACUCACCUAUAGACUCAGCCGAUGAUCUGGCCAAGCAGACCAAGAUAGAGUACGGCGCUGUGCGGGACGGCUCCACAAUGACUUUCUUUAAGAAAUCAAAGAUCUCCACCUAUGAGAAGAUGUGGGCAUUCAUGAGUAGUAGGAAGAACACAGCACUGGUGAAGAAUAACAGAGAGGGAAUCCAGCGUGUGUUAACCACUGACUACGCUCUACUGAUGGAGUCCACCAGCAUUGAAUACAUCAGUCAGAGAAACUGUAACCUCACACAGAUCGGGGGACUCAUAGACUCUAAGGGUUACGGUGUGGGCACUCCUAUUGGUUCCCCAUACAGAGACAAGGUGACCAUCGCCAUCCUGCAGUUACAGGAGGAAGGGAAGCUUCACAUGAUGAAGGAGAAGUGGUGGAGAGGAAACGGUUGUCCGGAGGAGGACAGUAAAGAGGCCAGCGCUUUAGGCGUGGAAAACAUCGGAGGAAUCUUCAUCGUGCUGGCGGCCGGACUCGUCCUCUCCGUGUUCGUGGCAAUCGGGGAGUUUAUCUAUAAGUCCAGAAAGAACCUAGAUAUCGAAGAGGUGAGCGUGGGACAGUGCGAAUGGCACAAUAAGUACUGAUUGGACACCACAAGAUGGUUUGAACUUUUGCUCCUCAACCCACCGAAGCUCGGGCACAUGCUGACUGUACAUUGGUUUGAGAUGUCACAUGACACUGUCAUAUCAGCUGUGCUAUACAGUACAUGGGGACGACUGUUAGACAUCGAACAAAAAUAUUUACUAAGUUGCUCAGAACCUUUUAUACCUGUUUGUUUUCAGGUUUGAUUUCUGAGCUGAACAAACAAUGAAAACUGUGUCAAUAAAAUAUAUUGAAUGAGAAGGACUGAUGUUUGCGAUACAGAAAUUACAGCAGAUAUUGUAUUGUAGAGUAGCUCAUGUCCAUUUAGAUUAUUAGAUUUAGAUUUUGAAGACUUUUUUCUUUAUAGACAUAUUCCUUCCUAAUAUAAUUUAUAUAAUAAGAGUCGUCUAUGGGUUUUCAUAAAGGUGCUGUGUGUCAUUUUUUGGAUGUUUAAAUACUUUCUUCUGUUCUGAGACUGAUGGCCGCUUAAAGGUUGGGUUCAUAAAACAUUACGCUUUUUAAAAAACUGUUUGAAAAUAUAGUCAUUAUUUUUGCUAUUUUGUUUUGUGCCACAUAUGGCUCAGAAGCUACACAUUUUACAGUACCUUUAAAAAGUUUGUCUUAAUUGUCUCCGCCUUUCUGUUUGAAACUUUGUUUUUGAAGACUGUUAGUAACAUUUGUCUUAAAGCAAUGUCAUUUGAGCCCUACUUUUUUAAUAUCACCUAAACAGUUAAAACAAUAAAACAUGUUUAUAAUGCAUUCAUUUUACACCAGCAUUACAUGUGACCUAACCAUGCAGCUUCAUGUAUUGAAGAUUAUACAAUAUCAGAAAUCUUUAUAUCAUGAAAUGUGUACAAUCUUUUUAUUUGUGUACAAUGGCCCCACAUGUUCCUACAGCUCAUUGGUAGAGCAAUCCAAAAGGUUGUGGGUUCGAUCACAUGGGAAGAGGUAAUAAAUGUAUUGAUAAAACUUAUCAAGAAGUUUCUGCCAAAUGCGUUAAUGUAAAAGCUGAAAAUCUGCACCUCUGUUGAGGAUCCGCCAUGGAGUCUAUUGCUGUUUUGGUAUUUGGGCACUAAUGCACAGCAUUUGUAAUGUCACUGAAGUAGAUAUUAAACCAAAAUAUCAAUUAUAUCAAAAAUAUUUGACAAAAAAAUCGACAUUUCUCACCCUAAACAUUUUACACAAUGGUUUUACAAACAGUAGACAAAAGAGAGAACCCUACGGACACAUUUUGAUCGCCACAUGCAGGGAUUUUUGAUAAUGUCUUUGUUGGUAUCACUUUACUGUAACAGUCUUGUAUAUUUACAAAUAUAAGUUUGCCAAUAAAUCACUUGUUUGCAUAUGA